AUAAGACAGUUAAAGCUUCAGUCCGCUUAAGAUUUAAAUGUAAGUGAUGUGUGUGCACAAGUAAUAUAGACUUUAUAUUUAACUAUAAUAACACAUGGUAUCAUAAAAUAUCAAAUUACGAUAGGAAAUUUUUUGCUAUAAAUUUUGAAAUAUAACAUGGGAUUCAAAAAUAUAAAGCAAUAAGUUAUAACAUAUUUCAUAGGAAUGGUGAGUGCUAUUAACAUAUUCAAUAUUUUGUUUAAAAAAAUUAAAUUCGUUUGUAAAUGUGGGAUACAUUGUUUACCACAUUAUUGACACAUUCGAUGACAAUACAUCGCUUUAUUUUGAUAUUAAAUGCUUUUAUAGUUUAACUUACUUUUGCAAAAGUAUUUUCACAGAUUCACCUAUUAAUGUACCUAACAUGGUAGAUGGGAUUAACAAAUUCAUAAACUCUCUGAUAUGUUAUAGCUUAAAUUUAAUGACCGUCUUUGAUUACAGUUUGGUCAUGCAUUCUUCAAAAAGAAAUAGCGAAAAAAUGUAUUGGACUCGUGUGACAGAAAACACACAUACUCACAUUUUUGGUGAUGUUGCUGCAGAAGUUAGGUGUUUUUUAGUUCCAUUACCCUCAAAUUCUGUUAUUAUUUUAAUGCCAACUUGUUAAUUAUAAUUACUUUUUUGUAACUCUAAUAAAGGCAAAUUUGAUUUGUUGCUUUCCACUGAUACAAUGAGGGUAAUUUCAGCACAUUUGCAAUAUACUCCUUUUCUUGAAGCGUUCACGCAAAAAAAAUUAAUUUCCUUAUACGAUUAUUUAAAUAAUUUAUUCAUGGAUUUAAUGAUUGAAAUAUAUCUCUGACCAUGGGAUUUCACCAAAACGUUUUGUCUCAAAUCACUUAUUAUAUUUGUUCUCUUUUUUAAAUAGAAAAUAUCGAAUGGGGAUGCAUAAACAAAUUUGACGUACAAAUAUUUAGUAAUAAAUAGUUAUUUAAAUAAUAUGAAAGAUUUUAAUAUCUGUUUUUUCACGAUUAGUGAAUCACGAGUUACUGAAUCCACAGAAGACAGAGGGACAUGAGGUUUUCUACGUUAAACUAUAUGGUGUCAUUUCAACUACGUUUAGUUGAAGGUAUCAUAAUAUGCAAGCUUUUUUUUUAAAGCAUGAUGUAGGAAAUUGCAAAUUAAUUAUGAUUAUAUCAAAUUUAAAGUACCGAUUUUUUUUUCACAUGAAAUGCUACACCAGCCCUAGCAAUGACCACUGAGGCGCAAAAUUUUCUCACGGAAACAAAAACAGGUUGAAAAUAUAUUUUAUUUUCUAGUUCAUUAACUUGUUAAUAUAUAAAAUACAUUUUCCAGUAUAGUAUCGUUAUAACCAAUUUAGUAUUUGAAAUUACUCUUAUUUUAAUAUAAAUUCAAACUUGUGACUCAACAAAAUUAUUUAAAAUAAAUGCAUAUUUAAAAUGAAUAGAAAAAAAAAGCCACACCUCCCAUAAAAAACACCAAUAAACCUGUUGUACUAUGUCUAACUAUGAACACAUUCAAGAAAAAGUGUUGUUUAUUGGUUUUUUCCGUUUGUUGUUUUUUUCCGUUUGUUGUUUUUUUCCGUUUGUUGUUUUUUUUCGUUUGUUGGUUUUUUCCGUUUGUUGGUUUUUUCCGUUUGUUGGCUUUUUCCGUUUAUUGGUUUUUUCCGUUUAUUGGUUUUUUCCGUUUGUUGGCUUUUUCAGUUUAUUGGUUUUUUCCGUUUAUUGGUUUUUUCCGUUUGUUGGUUUUUUCCGUUUGUUGGUUUUUUUCCGUUUGUUGGUUUUUUCCGAUUGUUGGUUUUUUCCGUUUGUUGGAUUUUUUCCGUUUGUUGGGGUUUUUUUUUUUAAUUAUUUUUUUAAAGUCAAUCAUGUGUUAGUAUCCGUUUUAAUAUAAUAAUUUUUAAAAGUGAUAUUUUCAAAUCGCCAUUCAAUAUUAAUUCUGCACAUUUCAUUUUCAAUUUAAUCUUUACAAGUCACUGAAACAACAGCAAUGACAAAUAGCAUGAUUAAUUCUACCGAUUUAAAGUUGGGUAUGUAUCUAUUAGUUAUUGAAAAAAAAAAAAACAUUUCCAACUUUCUUACUAAAAAUGUUGUUCUUUCUAAAUUUAAUUUUCGCAUUACCAUAUUUAAAUCAAGGUUGUCUGCCUCGUAUAUUAUAAAUCACAUCUAUUUAUAAAUUUUCAACUCGUAAUGUUUAAAGCAAAAGUUGAUAUUUAAAAAGAAAUUAAAUACCACAAUAUAUAUCUAGAACAGUUUAUAAAUGGUUUUUUUUUCUAUUACUCAUUCAGAGGUUGUAAGACUUGACUCCAAUCUAACAAACACAACAGAAUCAAGAGUUUGCUAUCUAUUUCUUGGGUUCUUACUUUUUGCAACAAUGGCCACUUUAGUUGUUGCAUUCAGAUAUAGAAGUAAGACACUUAGUAUAUUGAUACAAUGUUACUGGUGAUCUACUUUGUCAAAAAUACUAAUAAUAAGUUGUUAUUUAAUUUCUAAAAUUUUUUUUUUUAAUUUCAUGUGUUAUAACUCUAAAACUUCAAAUCGAUAAGAUUUUAUGAUCAUCAAUAUAGAAAUAAUUCAUAAAUUCAAAAUGUGUCUAUGAACAUUUCGUUUUUAUUAUUGCAAAGGUUUAAAAUAAAAAAAUAAAAUAUUUUUAAAAGGUGCCUUUUUUAAAAUUCUUUUAACUGUAAACUGAAAAGUAGAUAUAAUAAAAUAUGAUUAUUUACAAAUAAGUAUAAAAUUAAAUAUUUUCAGGAAAGUAUCGUAGAUAUCGCCAUAAUUUUAUAACGUAAGUAUUAUGAUAGAUAUACCAUGAAAAAAUUUGAAAAAGAAUUAAAAAUAGAUUCGUCUCACAUGAAAUCACACAAAGGCGUGUCGCUGAGGCUGGAACAACAGGCGGUUUUAAAACAUAACCUUCACUUUCUUCUUCAGCUUUACGAAUUCUCUCCCUUAACAUUCGGCAUCAAAGAUUUUAAACAUUUGUUUUUCUUAUUCAAGCCAAUAAACAUUAAUUAAAGACAUUACUCUCGGAUAACUUUCCAGGUCUACCAACGAUGAUUUACUCGACCAUAUGUGACUAACAUUUCUUUACAAAAGAACAGCAUGUCUAAAACAUGUAGAUUUGGUUUAAAUAAUCUAGUUUUGAACUUUUUAAAUUCCCAUAUCUAGUUAGUUUGGUGUGUAUCAAAGCUUCACUCUCAUUUAUCAAAUGUUGUUACUACAUUUUAAAUCACUGAAUAUUAUCCCAGAAAGAUGAAGUUGGAGGUGUAGGUCUGAGCUUCCCAAAUAGUCGUUUCAAUUAAAGAAUUCAUAUUUGAUAAAACAAUUUUUGUUUUAAAGAGAUAAGAAAUAUUUUAAAGGAAAAAAGAAGAUUAAGAAAAAUCUUGAUAGAUUAGUUGUUUGAUAGUUUUUUUUUGUUUUUUUUUUUCUUUUUUUUUUUUUUUUUUUUUUUUUUUUUUUUUUUUUUUUGUUGUUGUUGCUUUAUGUUCUUUAAAAAAAAAUAAUUAUACAAUUUGUUUCAUGAAUGAUAUUAACCACAUCGUAAUAGUGACAAUUAAUCGUUAUUGAUGUGAAAAAUAUAUGCUCUUAUUCUUAACAUGAAUAAUAGCGUUACAAAUCUUAAUACUCGUUAAUAAAUGUUUUACCUUAUCACUACAGCAAUAGUUUUAUCAUAAAUCCAUUUUUUUUUUUUAAAAGAAAUCUUCACGAGGCAUUGAUAAUUUUGUCGUGGAGACAUUACACAAUUUUUUAUUUUUUAUUAAAUAUAUAUUCUAGUUAAAAUUCAUGUUUAUGCUCACCACGUUUGUAUAUGUUGAAACUCUUAAGUGCCCUCUGAUUUUUGUAAUUGCAGGAUUUCAAGAAGACUAGCUGACCCUAAUGAAAAAUCAAGACAUCGCAAUACUCAAACUGUUGAAGGUAAAAUCUCAUUUAGUAUUGCUUUAAAACACCAAUCAAACCUCGAAUAAUUUUAGUUUAACAAUACAUGUGUUCCUCUCUAUAACACGUUUAUCUAUUCUCGUAUAGAUGCGUACACAAAUCCAAACUGCCAGGCAGCAAAAACCGAAGUCCACGACCACCCUCUUAGACGGGAAGUUGAACCAUUAUAUGUGAACUCAAUCCUACCGCCAGUGGUAUGCACUGUUAUAGUAUAGCCUAUGUCCUGUCACCUGUAUGCAUUGUUAUAGUAUAGCCUAUGUCCUGUCAGUUGUAUGCAUUGUUAUAGUAUAGCCUAUGUCCUGUCGGUUGUAUGCAUUGUUAUAGUAUAGCCUAUGUCCUGUCAGUUGUAUGCAUUGCUAUAGUGUAGCCUAUAUCCUGUCAGCUGUAUGCAUUGUUAUAGUAUAGCCUAUUUUCUAUGACAGUUGUAUGCACUGUUAUAGUAUAGCCUAUGUCCUGUCAGUUGUAUGUAUUGUUAUAGUAUAGCCUAUGUUCUGCCACUGGUAUUAACUGUUAUAGUAUAGUCUAUGUGCUUUAGCUGUUAUAGUGUAGCCUAUGUGCUUUAACUGUUAUAGUAUAGCCUAUGUGCUUUAUCUGUUAUAGUAUAGCUAUGUGCUUUAACUGUUAUAGUAUAGUCUAUGUGCUUUAACUGUUAUAGUAUAGCCUAUAAGCUGCAAGUGUUAUUAAUUGUUAAAGUAUAACCUAUGUCUUUUCGUAAUGCUACUUCAACGUAGACCUAAAGCGUUACUUCUCACCUUCCCCUUUUUUAUUUCACUACUGACGACAACUAUUAAAUGUGUACUGCCAGUCCUGUUUACCCAUCUGUCACGUGAUUGGGAUGGGUUGUUUACGAUCGAAUACCUUCUAACUUGUUCUAAAGACGCAAUUUCUAAAAAAAAAAUUAUAAAAUUCCAAAUUUAUCUAUAAAAAAGGCGUCUGCUUUUCCUGCCCGAUAGGAAUAGAUUUUUCCUAAAUGUUGAUGAAAUGUCAUAUAAUUAUAAGAUUGUUCACUUAUGUGUAUGAGUAAAUAUCAGUAUCUUUUGAGAAUUGUACUGUUUACCUUCCUGUGUGGCCAGUUGAUAUAGUUUUCCCUCAUAUUUAAUGGCCAAAGGUCAAUUUCUUGAUUUGAUUUUAGAGCUUGCCCUCUAAUACAUGUGUUGCCGUCCAAGGCGAACGAGUUCCAUCCUCCUGAGGUGCUUGGCUUUGUUUGAGCUUAAGACCAGUAGCUAUUGGAAUUGAGUGGGUUUAGUCCGCUCAGAUACCCAGCACCCACCAAAUAGCUAUUUGGAUCUGUCUUUUUAUAAUAAAUUGAAUAUUGUUAAAUUCAUAGCUUCAGUGUCGUUUGUCUUCGUAUUUAUGGUAAUCUUAUUACAUUUUCAAAAAUCAUGUAACGCAACGUAAGAGGACAUAUAUAGAUAUGUUUUAAUGGCUGUUUCAUUAAUGCACUGGUAAAGAUAUUCAUAGAUAGUGUCUUCAUCUUAAAAACCAAAUAUUUUUUUAUUUGGUUCUCAAUUCCUAAAGACUAAUUCAAAUACAUAAACUCUAGAAAAGUAUUUAAAGUUGUUUGUGUACAAUUGUAUUAUGUAUUAUAGUAUAAAUUGUCCAAAAAUCAGUCAUUAUUUCAAGGGAUUUCUUCUAGAUAGUGCAGAUUGUACGAUAAUAUUUUUUAAAAUAAAGGAGUACUGCUUGGAGAAUUUAAAUUUAUUUUUUUGUGUAAAUCUAUUUGAUGAAAUUUAAUAAAGAAACACAAAUAACGUAUCUUGAAUUAGUUUGUAUAAAAUACAAGCCAUCUACAUUUCUGUAAGUAGCAAUGAAAUAUAUGUAUUUUCGUUUUUCUCUGCAAAAAAGCAUACGAUAGUCGAACCCAUUUUUACUACAUAUGAAAUGCAAUUUAUUUUUGAUUACAUUUUUAGACCUCAAUUGUUUGUUUGUCUGUUAUUGUAGGAAACUGACCGCUAUAUGAGCAACGAGGGUCUUAUUUACAUAUCGCUUGGUUCUAGUCUCGACAUGAUGACACAGGGACGGCCAAAGAAGAUUAGAACUAAGAAAGGAAAGAUCAGCUACUCCGCCAUCGACUACGACAAGUCGGGAAAAGUUACGAUCGUCUCAAAAGUGGACAAUGAAGAUGAGAAUGAAAACAAAAUCUAUCAGAACUGUCCGCCAAUCGUACGGAGAAUAAUAUGAUUCAGUGAACAUUCUUCAUUUCC